GACGGCUGACGCGAUGAUGAUUCUCCGGACUGACUGAUGAUGGUUUUUGUUGUUGCUUUUUAGUGGAUUCACAACUCGUCGUUUGUAGAGCAGCGUUAAUGUCGCAUUUUGUCGGCACUUUUUUACGCAGGCAGAGUGGAAUAAUCAACCAGGAAUCAACUAUAAUUUAGUUAGCUAGUGAAACCUUUUUUUGGGUAUAUUAGAGGAGGAGAUCCUUGAAGUGGAGCCGUGUAUGGCAGGGGUAGUGUUGUCCGGUGUUCGCGAUUCGAGGGUACCCGCAAAAGACAGUGGAGCAAAGUGUGAGGUUCGAGUGGAACAUAAUCGCGCAGGGAUAGUUUAAAGCCCGGGCCGUGAAAUGUCCGAUCACGGUUGUGCUCACUUUGCGGCGUUUGUCAAGGAGUACGGACUGGAAUCGUUCAGCGUGGUGCACGCGUAUUUCAGUGCCUGCAUCAACAAGGAAGCCCGGCGUCGGAAGGCUCUGUCCUGCUUGUGUUACAAAUGUGGUGGUUCCGGUCCGCAGUUGUAUUCGUGCCUGCACUGUAUCUAUUUCGGAUGCAAGGGGGCUCACAUUAACGACCACUGUAAGCAGACCAAGCAUUACAUCGUGCUGGAACUGUGCUACGGGAUGAUCUACUGCUAUCAGUGCAAGGACUUCACGUAUGAUAGCGAAUGCCAAGCAAUAGCCGAGAAGCACAUCCGGAAGGAGGCCAAAAGUCUGAACAAAAGCCUAUCCUGGAGACCGUGGUCACCUUCCAAGCUGGAGAUUGAUUUGCUGCUGAAGAAUCCCAAGCGUAGACAUGUGACCGCUUUUACCAGUAUUGGACUGCGAGGAUUGCUGAAUCUGGGAUCGACCUGCUUCAUGAACUGUAUUGUCCAAGCUCUGAUUCAUACGCCUCUACUCAGAGACUACUUCCUUUCCGAGAGGCACGAAUGUACAACGAAGACUGCUGCCAAAUGUCUCGUUUGUGAGGUGUCCAGACUGUUCCAGGAGUUCUACUCCGGCGCAAGAGGUCCUUUGUCCUUGCAUAGAUUGUUGCAUUUAAUAUGGAACCAUGCGCGUCAUCUCGCCGGAUAUGAGCAGCAGGAUGCUCACGAGUUCUUCAUUGCCACACUGGACGUCCUGCAUCGCCACUGUAAGAUAUCGAUGAACGAAAUUGCCGCAGCUUCGGCGGACAAAUCCAAACAGCAACAGUUCCAACAGCCGGACAAUCCAACCCACUGCAACUGCAUCAUCGAUCAGAUCUUUACCGGUGGCCUUCAGAGCGACGUGGUUUGUCAGGCUUGCAACGGAGUCUCCACGACCAUCGAUCCCUUCUGGGACAUUUCGCUCGACUUGGGCGAAGCGCAGAACCAGGGCUACGGUGGCCCGCCGAAAUCGCUCAUAGACUGCUUGGAACGGUUCACCCGGGCCGAACAUCUGGGUUCCAGUGCGAAGAUCAAAUGUUCCAGCUGCAAAAGCUACCAGGAAUCAACGAAACAACUGUCCAUGCGAACACUGCCAAUCGUCGCCAGCUUCCACCUGAAGCGGUUCGAACAUUCUAGUCUGAUCGACAAAAAGAUCUCGACCUUUAUCUCAUUCCCGUCGGAGUUGGACAUGACUCCGUUCAUGUCGAAAAAGAAGUCUGAACAGCAGUCGCCCGGAACGUCGUCCGGUUCCGCGUCUUCGUCGAAAUCAAAGUCUUCGGAUCGGAAGCACGCCGCUGGAAGUAGCGGCACAAGUGGCACCGGUGGCAGUGAAGAUGACCACAACCGAUCGCACCACGAUACCAGUGACUUCCGCUACUCGUUGUACGCGGUGAUAAACCACGUGGGAACGUUGGACGCCGGCCACUACACGGCCUACGUUCGGCACCAGAAGGACAUAUGGGUAAAAUGUGACGACCACAUUAUAACGACUGCCACACUCAAGCAGGUGCUAGAUAGCGAAGGCUACCUUUUGUUUUACCAUAAGAAGAUCCUAGAGUACGAGUAAGUAUAGUGAGCAGGACGAAAUGCUCUGCACAGUGAGUGGCCAAGCCAACAGAGACGACAGAGAAGACGAGAACGGUGUGAGUCAAAUACAGGGUCGUAGGACUAGUUGCUAGCGCCGGCUCUGUAUGAGAUUCUGUUCCAGAACAAACUCUCCUAAAAAAACAACCUAUUUUAGUAUUAGAUUGUAUCGAUAAUUGUGGAAUAAAAUUGACUUUUGUUUUUAAAAGCAAA